AUGCCUGGACAUCCGGAGCCUCUUUCCUAUCCAUCCUCUCCCACCUUCACGCUCAUUUGUUUUCGUGACUGUGUUGCUCUACUAGCCGAGCAAAACGUGUGCACCCAGGAGCGUGGACGUGUGUUUCUUUCUGGGUUCGUUAUACUUCUUGAGCGUGGAUGCUCGUUAUUGCGCCGUGAUCGCGUUCCGUCGCCUUCCCUGAUCGCGUCUGCCUCCCUUGCAGCAGCAGUAGGUGCAUUGUCUCUUUCCUUGCUAGGCCUUGCCUCGCCAGAAACGGCUGCAGCAGCAUCGACAGCUGAUGUCAUCGCCGCUUCCGCUGCCGUGCCAGCUGACGUCAACAGCAUUUUGGAUCUCGCCGACUUCCAGGCUGGAUUCGCUUCGGCCUUUCUGCUGGUCCUCUUUUCUGAAAUCGGCGAUAAGACAUUUUUCAUCGCGGCUGUGCUGGCCACGAGACGACCCAAUGUGGAGGUUUUCGCUGGCACCUUCGGCGCGCUCGCCGUCAUGACCGUCCUGUCAGUGGCUCUCGGCCGAAUCUUUCACUACGCAGACGAGCUCCUUCCAGCCUUCGGCUCGUUUGACUUCCCUCUGGAUGAUGUCGCUUCUGUCGUUCUGCUGCUCUUCUUCGGUCUCUCUACACUGAGGGACGCAGCAGGCAUGGACGCAAAGGCGGAGGAGGAGCAGCAGGAGGCGGAGAAGGCUGUAGCAGGGCUGAAUGCAGCAGAGGCCACGGAGGGGGGCAUAUCCCUGGCAGUGCUGGCGUCGGUGUUCGCACUGGUGUUCACAGCCGAGUGGGGCGACAAGUCCUUCUUCUCCACCAUUGCACUGGCAGCAGCAUCGUCCCCAGCAGGAGUGGUCACAGGAGCUGUGGCGGCUCAUGGGGUGGCCACAGUGAUGGCAGUGCUGGGCGGGUCAUUUCUCUCCAAAUACAUCUCGGAGCGGACUGUAGCCUACUGGUGCUGCUUGACAGGUUCCUGCUGCUCCAAGUCAUCCGAACCGCGGCGGGAUUUAAGUACUCCAGCCGCAUCCCACGGUGGUUCUGCCGGUAGCACUUCGGAUCUAGUUGCACGACCGCUGCAGCGCCCGGUUCGGAGCUUUAAGUUCCCCGCGAUUCUCGCUUCCGUCUCCGCCUCACACGCGACGCCUCCGGGCCUCGGCUUCGCGCCGAGGUUCGGUCCGAGCCUGCUGCCGAGCCAGCCGGAUUCUGACGAUAUCUUUCCGUUACCUUCGGCUCCGGAGGAGCUUCAGCGCGCUGUCAUUGGCUGGCUGGAAGAGAAGGCGUCGCGCGUGCGUAACUUGCGCAAGACCACUGCGGAAGCCAGCGGACAAGCGCAGGUCACUCCGCGACCGGACUCACUGGCGCUUGAGGCGCAACUUACCCGCGCGGUAACAUCCGCCCAUGCGCAUCUCAGCCGCGCGCAUACUUCGGCGGGGGAUGGCGCAAACCGUGCGCUAACAGCUCUUGCACGCGGAAUCGAUGGCGCAAUGACCACGGCGCGCGGAAAUUUGGCGCAAACAGUUGGGAUUGGCGCGGGAAUUGGCGCGGGAAUUGGCGCGGGGAUUGGCGCGCCCUUGCUUGGUUCGGUGGCUGGAAUUGGCGCGCGGAUGGCGGUUGUUAAAGAGCGCGUGGGGAACGCGAAGGCGGAAGCGGAGUCGCGGAUGCUGGCGUUGCGCCGAUUCGGGGAGUUUUGGUGCCGAAUCGUUCAUAUAUACGGCAGCUAUAAGGUCUGCCAACUCCACACCUCCCUCGCCCUCCCCCUCCCCGGUAAUCGCCGACUGUCACUACUCACAGACACACAGAAGCACGAAGCAUGGGAGAGGCAGCACGAGCGGGCAGCUGACAUGCUACACUCCCUCUGCACCGAAAUGCGGGGCUUCUUCCUUAAAGCGGGGCAGUUCUUAGCGAAGCCUGACGUGUCCCCUCCAGCGUGGGUGGCGAAACUGGCCUCUCUGCACGAUGCUGCCCCUGCUGACCCGUUCCCGGUGGUGUGUGGGACGAUCGAAGGGGAGUUGGAGGCUGUAACUGGGAGGAAAGGGGUGCGGUGGAGCGAUGUGUUCGCGAGAAUUGAUGAGGAGCCUCUGGGUUCUGCUUCUAUCGCUCAGCCUCUGGGGUCUGCUUUUAUUGCUCAGGCGUCUCAAAAGCCUGUCUUGCAGGCACACAGGGCGUGGUUGCAUGGCGGCAGGCGAGUGGCUCUGAAGGUGCAGCACAGGGGGGCGCAGCCUCUCAUGCUCACAGAUUUUCCUUCCUACUCCCAUCGCACAUCACCCACCACCCCCUUUUCUCUCCCCUGUCUCGCAGGUGCACAGGGCGUGGUGCACAGAGCUUGGCUACACGAUGGCAGGAAGGUGGCAGUGAAGGUGCAGCACAGGGGGGCGCAGCCCCUCAUGCUCACAGACCUCGCCAACCUCAAGGCGUUUGGAGCGUUUCUUCAAAAGACAGAGCUGAAGCACAUGGAUAUUGUGUCUGCUCUGGUGGAGCUGGAGAAGCAGGUGCGGCUGGAGUUUGACUUCCGGAUAGAGGCAGGUGCAAUGGAGCGGGUUCACCUUGCGCUGAGAGGUGGAGGGGAGAGAGGGAACGGUGGAGAGAUGCUGCUGGUGAUGGAUCUGAUCGACGGCUCACCGCUGCUGAAAGUAGCGGGGCAGAUGGGAAGCAAGGCGGAUGGGUUCUUUGCUUCGAGAAUCAAGCGGUCAAUAUUUCGUUCCCUUGGGGAAGCGUACGGGCUCAUGAUCCUUCGAGACGGUUUUUUCCAAGCUGACCCGCACCCUGGAAACAUUCUCAUCUGCCCGGACCGAAAGGUAGCUCUUCUCGACUACGGGCAGACGAAACAACUCUCCCAGCAGCACCGCCUGCAGCUGGCCGAGCUGAUCCUGGCCGUCGGUGACGGUGACUCGAGGAAGAUCGGACGGCUGUACAGCGAUAUGGGCUUUGAGCUCAGCAAAACGGCCGAACAAAAUCCGGAAAGUUUCAAGUGGAUGGCGACGCUCAUGUUUGAUACGCGGUCGGCGAAAGGCGUCACGACAUCAAACCCGUUCUCAGAGGAGCAUGCAGCCCAAAACAACGGUGUGAAGAAAUUUCCGGAGGAUUUGUUUUUUGUGGUGCGGUCGAUGCAGCUGCUGAGGGGGAUCUGCAUGGGCAUGGGGUUGAAUGAAUCGCUUGCGGAGCAAUGGAGACCGAUUGCUCGGCAGGCGAUAAGGGAGGCACAGAGGCAGAGGCAGCAGCAGCAUCAGUAA